AGUACCCGGAAGCGGAAACAGACGCGGCUACGCCGGAGAGCGGUGGUUUCUGUGUCUCUAGCGUGGCCUUGCCGCCUCUGCCCCGUAGGAGCCGCCCGGUUAGGAAAGGGCCUCGCGGGACCAUCUUGCCUGCGGAGAGCGGCGGGGGAGUCCUACCGCCGGACUUUGCCCAUAUUCGGCAUGGCGGCGGCUGCAUCACCCGCCGCCUAACAAUCCAGCACGCGAUUGGCUAGAGCGGGAGCGUGGGGCUCGUUGAUUGGCUGGAGGGAGAGGCUGAAGGUUGUGAGGUGGACUUGGCAUCAUGACUUCCCAUUCAGGAGCUUCUCCCGAGGCCAGUGAAAGCACAAGGAAUGCAACGCUGGAGCGGUGCCUGAGUGUGCUCAGAGACGCAAAACAUGACAGUGAGCAGUUUGCAGCCCUGCUCUUGGUGACCAAAGCGGUCAGAGCGGGAGAUGUCGACUCCAGAACCCGUCGCCGGAUCUUUGAUGCAGUUGGAUUCACGUUCCCAAACCGGCUUCUUGCUUCCAGGGAGCCCCCAACUGGCUGUCCAGAGCACAUGUUCCGAGGACUUGGCCUCACUCUGCUGGCAUGUUUCUGCACUGAUUCGGAGUUAGCCAGCCAUUCCCAGAUCCUUAACAAAAUCCCGACCUUCAACAACAUCCUGGCUUCCCCAUCUGAUCCAGAUGAUCUGUCCGCGAGCUCCAUGAUCGAUGACGUUUACCAGUGUCUGGGCGCUGUCAUGGGCACUCCCAGGGGCCCCAAAGAGUUGGUAUCCCAGGGAACCGUGUCAGCUCUGUGCCAGGCCUACGUGAAUCGCAAUUACGGCUGUGACCGCGCCCUUGAGCUGCUCCUGGGGCUUCUAGCCAUAGCAGAGACUAAGUGCUGGCAGAGAGCCACCCCUGACCUCAUGGCUGUGCUGAGCAGGCUCAGUGAGGAAUUCCACCAGGCUGAAGACAUGACCAAAUUCCAGCUGUGUGAUGUUCUGCCUCACUUUGUAUCUCCAGCGCUGCUGCUCGCCCGGGACCGACAGGGUUCCGAGUGCCUCUGCAACCUUUACAGAGGCCUGGCUAGCAUCCUGAGCAGCAAACUGAGCCAGUCCCAGCGAGACCCUGCACUGAAGCUUGCUGCCUGCCUCACCCAGGCCUGUGGCUCAGAAUGGAUUCCAACGGAGAGGGCCGGGAGCAAGUUCCUGGCCCUGCUGGUGAACCUGGCCUGUGUGGAGGUCCGUCUGUCCCUGGAGGAGCUGGACCCGGCAGAUGUGGAUGGGAAGCAGGAGGUGGUAACAGGCUGUUACACCUUUAUUGAGCUGGGGAUCCUGGAGUGCAUGAAAGAAGAGAAACCGCGGCUGAGGGAGGCGCAGAAAUUGCAACUAGUGAGAAUCAUGGAGGAGGCAUUUGGGGCUGUAAUACACUACCUGAGACAGGUGGGAGAGCAGAAGCUGAAGGAUCCUUUCAUAUUUGCCUCUGUUCGAAUCCUCGGCGCCUGGCUGGCUGAAGAGACCUCCUCCCUCAAGCAGGAAAUCUGUGACCUCCUGCCUUUCCUCAUUCAGUACGCAAAGACGCUUUUCCAAGAGGGGGACAAAGCCAGGAGCCCAUCCCAGCAUGCGGCGGAGCUGGCUGGACUGGGCAGCCCUCAGGGCUCUGUGUGGCCCAGAGACGCUCUAAGAUUUCUGCUACCUGGCUUGUGCCAUUUGACGGCAGAGGACCGACCUCGGGAAAUCCUUAUCUCAGAGGGGGCUCCAGCAUUGCUGUGUCAAUAUUUCCUGCACCAGUGGGAGUUGUUGGCCUCUGACCCCCAGACCUCUGCUCCUCCAGACAGCAUAGAAAUCAGUUUGCAAACCACCUGUGGAGUUUUCCUUAACCUUGUGGUGACCGCUCCAGACUUGGUCAGGCGAGACAGAUGCUUUUCCUCCCUGAUGGAUGCGCUGCUGAAGUCUCUCCCUGCUCUGCUGCCCCAGAGAGAUCGCCUUGUUCUAGCAGCCAACGUUACCACGCUGGGCUUGAUGAUGGCCAGGAUCCUUGACACUUCUCCAGGUCUCCAGGGGACGCCACUAGCCGAGAACUUCUUCGAAGCCGCUAUCUGCUUCCUUUCUCAGGCCCAUGCUGCCCGGGCAGAUCCCACCAGCCAGUGCUUGGUCCUGGCUGUGUCACCAGCCUAUGAGGCGGCCUGGGCGGACCUCAGUGAGCUGUGGUUCCUGGGGAUGCAGGCCUUUGCCAGCUGCGUGCCGCUCUUUCCCUGGCUGCCCCAAACGGUCCUCCGGUCACGUUGGCUAGACGACCUCUUGCUGUUAUUGGGCCAAGCUGCUCCGGUCUCAGUGGACUUUGAUCUCCUUACGGCAUUGCAGGGCGUGUUGCUGGAGCUGGCCAGAGCCAGCCAGCAAUGCAGAGAGGUGAUGGUCUUACAGCAGGGCAAGGAGCUGGCCAACCGUUAUGGCAUGGCAGCAUUAGAACAGUGCCUUUGUGAGCGGUGAAGGGCCCCUCCUCCCACAGCCGCGCGCUGCGGGGAAGAAAGCCAGGUGUUUUCCUAGCUCCUCACACACCUUUCAACUGUUUACUGCCAGGACGUGGGCAAGAGGUGUUUAAGUAGCCAAACACCUCGUAAAAUUAGAGAGGUGCAGUCAGAGCUCAGCAGGGCCCGGAGAAGCAGGGUUUGCUCUGCCUAGCACUUGCUGUUCAGAAUAAUUGCUGCUUGGCUGCGUUUUGGCUCUCUGCAUUCACAGAUUCGGGCGGGCGGCAGGGGAGGGGGAGUUGGGUCCCAACGGGAGAGAGGGCCGAUGUGAGGGUGCCCUUAGAAAUGGUGUUCUGUUCAGGACUAAGGAGGUUCUGGCAUUGCUGGGGAAGUGGCCCGCUGACCAACUCUCCAUGGAUUCCAUGUUCUGGGGGUGGUUUCCAAGGAGGUUUGUGUAUAAGGCCAAUGAAAGCUUCUCUCAAACCUGAGCCAGGAACUGAGCAAGCUUGCUCUGCAGAGCUCUGCUAGCACACCUCAGUGCAGGCCUACAGCUUUCCAGUCCUGGGCCACCACACGGCUUUACCUCUCCUGUGACCAGCAGCACCCCCUGCUGGUCAAAUCUGAGAUCUCACGCAGAUCUCUUAACAUACCUCCACCCUGAACUGCAGCCCUCCCCUGAUCUGCCAAGCUGGGGCUUCCCUACCAAUGCAUCUCAUCCCUAAAAUGAAGCCCCCCUCUCAGUCCUGACCUGCUAUUCUAGUCCUGAGGUCUCAGCUGAGCAACAGGGACACCUUUGUGUCAAAUUGUCUGAUGGUGCCAUGAUGCAAUGUGAGCAAAAUUCCACUGGGGCCCAGAUCCAAGACUGCCAGAAGUCAGUUCCCUUGUGACCUGAGCCUGUCUUGCACUGGGAACUGGUGGUGAAAUGACUGCACGCUCUCAGAUCAAGCGGUGUGAUUGUACAUAGUGCAGCUCAGCUUUUGUUUCAAAAGGGUCAAAGCUGCAGUUAAUUUUGGUCUGUCAUUGUUGGCAGGUCUCUUUCGUUGUUAUAAGAAUGGACGUUUAUCUCCCCAUUAAACCAGGCACUGCACUGGAGAGCACCCCCAGGCCAUGGAUACAUGGAAUCCUGGGAUUUCAACUUCCCAGGAUGUUGAUUUUAUAUUUUCUCAUCUUGACCAAACGAUUUUUAUUUGUCUCUCCCUGGGCUCUUGAAUGCAGCCUAUAAACCCUGUGUUCCCAUGUGCGGGAUGGCUUUGCCCUUUCCAAAAGAACCAAAGAAGAGCUUGACCUUCUCUCAUGCCGUUGGCAUUUCAAAUGUUAAAUAAAGUGUUUUAAUAAAAGCCCAAUUGCAACAGAA